AUGGGUCUGCGACACUCUGUCCUGUUCCCUCUUCGUGGGAGCUGCCCUGGCGAAUCCCCAUCUCCUUCGCCAACAGGAUGGCCCCGUCGACCCCGGCACCGCGGCCUAGACUUGUUAAACCCAACCCGCCAAGAAAUUGGUUGGAUCAUGCUUUCUGAAAACCCGCUGGGUUUUGGAAUACUUAAAGGCUAUGUCACUAUCGAGGAAAUGAGAGAAAACCUAGGAUCUAACUUGUCCCAUCAGUACACCACAAUUGGAGAAGGCUACGAGGAAAUACCAACGGUCCAGGGUGCGGCAAAGCCCAGCCACGACUCCUGCAAUACUGAAUAUGAGCCGUCCUUCGCCAUUGUGGGCAUUGACUCGGACAUCCAGUUAGGAUUAGAGCGCUCCGCGGAAGACCUGUACCCGGCAUCGUCGUCCAGGCCAAGCAAAUUCAGCAACGAGCCCGGCAAAGGCGAGCUCCUAAUGGAACUCAUCAGCGUCACCGGCUCCGACGCCUGUUUUCGUGCGGCCUUGAUGAAGAGCUGGGUCACCACAUGA